AUGAUACUGGACAGGCAGUUUGGACACGAUGACGUAGACACUCACAGCCACUCAAUGAUUGAGUCUUUGCGGUCAGGACAAGAGGUCGACUAUGCUAACUUUGGCACCAACACAAUAACACGCAGGAAGAAGGCAGUGGUCGCGCUGCGCAACAACGACAUCAACCGCAAGCGGCCACACAUCCGUAUCGGCAUGCCACAGGACUUCCGGCCUGUCUCCUCCAUUAUCGAUGUGGACAUCCUCCCUGAAUCUCACCGUCGUGUCCGACUCUAUCGCCACGGGUCAGACAAACCCUUGGGUUUUUACAUCCGAGAUGGAACCAGCGUACGGGUGACACCACACGGGCUGGAGAAAGUCCCCGGUAUCUUCAUAUCCCGGCUGGUGCCCGGAGGCUUGGCGGAAAGCACCGGGCUGCUGGCGGUUAAUGACGAGGUGCUGGAGGUGAAUGGCAUCGAAGUGACCGGGAAGUCCCUGGAUCAGGUAACGGACAUGAUGAUCGCCAACAGCCACAACCUGAUCGUGACGGUCAAGCCAGUGAACCAGCGCAAUAACGUGGUCCGCAGCAGCAGGAUAUCGGGCAGCUCCGGCCAGUCAUCUGACAGCAGCGGAUCGACUGGAUAUCCAAGUUUGUCAGUUGCCUCCAUGGGAGCGGCGUCCUCAGGAGCACACGGAUACCAAGACGACCUGGAGAGUGACGAAGAGACCGAUAUUGUCAUUGAGAGCAGUAUCAAGCGGCCGUCUCAGAGGUCAAACGCUUCCCUGGCAUCAAGCGCGUCUCGCACACACCAGCAGACGCCAACGACGGUUCCAGGCCUCGCUGCACCUCCCAGCCCUCCCACACGCCCUUCAUCGGUAGUCUCCACCGCCUCCUUCCGCUCCCAGCCGAGCCUCAACGGAGGGUCCCACCAGCAGCACCACCACCAACAGCAGCACAGCAGCCUUAGCUACCAGCUUCACAGAGACCUCAACCUGCAGCACAGCCUGCACCAACAGUCCCAGCACAGUCACCACCACGUACAGCCGCCGCAUCACAGCAGCAACCCAGCGCUCCGCCACAGCAACGGCAGCCUGCACAAAAUCCUCAGCUCCCUGAAAACGGACCCACGUCACAGUCUUGCGCUGCCCAGGGGAGGGGUGGAGGAGGAUGGCACCGUCAUUACCCUAUAAUACUUACAAACAAGCGCUCAGAGACAUAAACAUCCCAAACUGCUCAGAGACUCAAACUGGAAAGCGGAUAAAUAUGAGCACAAGUGGGUUUUGUCCGAUUUAAGUCGAGUAACUUCUGUUUGUUUUUGCAAGAUAAUAAUAGGAAGUUGCGAGCCAUGAAACAAGGAAACUGUAUAUAUUUCUUGUAUUUUUAAGGUUGUUUUUGUCUUAAAAUGAAAAAACUUGUACGUAUGUAUGUAAUAAGCAUCGGAUCAAAUAACUGUUUUUAGGCGAGUCCACUGUAUCGGAUAGUUCUGAACGACAUCUCCUGCUAGUGACCACUUUUAUAAAGACCUUUCAUUCUUAUUACUGGGACCAACUUGGGGUUUCUUAUGGAUGUUUUUAAAGAGUAAAUCUAUAUUUCUUAUAUUCUGAUAAAUGCUGUGUAGAGUAUGAUUUUUUUAAUAGUUCUUUUAUGCAUUGAUGAUUGUGAUCAAAUCCUUGUAUCUGUUCCAAUAAAUUAUUCUGUCUCACAAUCUAUUGUUAACUGAAUUAUGUAAUUAAAAAGCUAUUGAUUCUUAA